AUGGGAUUCGACUUCGAAGGAGAAAUCAACCCACCCCGACAAUGGCGAAAGCUGUUACCGAUGUUAUCAGAACUUCCACAUCUGGAAAACGUUGCUCUGCGCUUCGAUAAGCACUGUGCCGUAUAUCCCACUCAUGACGACAAACCCCAGACAGAGCUAUACCAGGCUAUUGUUUUGAAAUGGUUCUUUGCAGGAUUAGGGUCUUUGCAGCGACCGUUGAAAGAACUCGCGAUCCAGAAUCAUCAGAAAACAGCUCCACCUCCGGGAAAGAUUUUGAAUUAG